AUCGCACUUCAUGGGCUGGGUGGCUCUGGGUAUGCACUCUUCAUUGAUAUUUCGGGGGUUUACUAACCUUGCUUAGAAAGACUCAGAUCGCCCUCGAAUUCGUUUAUCAGCAGGCAAGCGAGAGAGACUGUGAUGUUUUCUGGGUGCACGGGGGUGGGGUGCAAAAGUUUAGGGAGGGUUUCACAGCAAUUGCACAACAUGUUAGGAUUCCGCUAGCGAGCGCCGAGACGGACCAAGAGGGGUUCCUGUUAAACAUAAAGAGGUGGUUUGAAGGUUCGGCUAGCGGUGAUUGGAUACUGGUGAUUGACAAUGCCGACAACGAGGAGGACUUUACCGGCAACAGUGGCCCCAUCUCCAAAUUUGUACCACAAGGGCCUCGGGGUAAUCUAAUAUUCACCACCAGAUCUCUCCGGGUUGCAUCCUGGCAAGGUUGCGAAAGAUUAGAUAUUGGAAAAAUGGAGGAGGAUGAGGCGCGAGCCUUGUUCUUGAGACGCUUUGAUAGCCCGGACGGGUUGAAUGAGGAAGAAGAAAAAGAGGCCAUCACAAGGAUCCUAGAAUCCGUACAUCACAUCCCACUGGCUAUCGUUGGUGCAGCGGCCUUCAUGACAGAAACCCAAACACCGCCAUCCACUUACUGGGCUAUUUUCCAAGAAAGCGACGAACGAGCAAAGAGUCUCCUUUCACAGCCAUUUUGGGACAUCCAGCGGGAGGCGGAUAUAACUGAUAGCACCCUUGCGACGUACUUUGUUACUUUUGACCAGAUCACCCGGCAGUUGCCCUUAGCUGCCAAUCUUCUGCGCCUAAUCGUCUGCUUCGAUCGCCAGAACAUACCCGAACAGCUAUUGACCCAAAGUGGUUUGGAAGAGAUAGAUGACCCAAUUCAAUAUCGUCAGGCUAUUGGAACGCUAUUGGGAUUUUCACUAGUUACCGCUGCCAAAUUUGAGGACAAGACAUUUUACGAGCUUCACCGUUUAGUCCAACUGGCUUUACAAGUCUAUUUACCAACCGAAGAGUUGAAAUUGUGGAGGGCCACUGCGCUGAAAGCGGUUUCAAGGCUAUUCCUUCCGGAUGAGAACACGGGGAGAUAUCUUGGUUCUGCAUACAUUCCCCAUGCAAUUGUAGUAACCAAAGAUUCAACUGAUCCCAUCUCAGAAGAGAUUUGUUUCCGCCUGGGAUACUACUUUGACGAGAUUGGUUUCUACAACGAUGCAGAAAUUCAAUUGCGUCGAUGUCUUGCACUCCGGGAAGAGAAUAAAGAGCAUGAUUGGGAUGGGGAGCGUUACCAGAGGGUUAUGCACCUGGGUUGGAUAAGCAUAAUGCAAGGAAAGGCGGAAGUAGGCGAGAAGAUCUUGAGGGAUUUAUUAGAGGAGGUUGAAGGAUCGUGGGGCCCAAAUAGUCACAGUGUCAUGGGGGUCGCCCACAACCUGGCUGCGGCGCUACAAUGCCAGGGAAAGUAUGAUGAGGCAGAGAUAUUCAACCGGCGCGCACAAGAGGGACACGAGAGGAUUCUCGGUCCUGACCACCCAGACACCUUAAGAAGCGUCAACAACCUGGCUACUCUUCUGCAAAAGCGAGGAAAGUACGACGAAUCAGAGUCGAUGCAUCGGUGUGUACUAGAGGGGCACGAGAGGAUUCUUGGACCUGACCACCCAGACACCUUGUCCAGUGUCGACAACCUAGCUAGCAUGCUGGGGGACAAGGAAAGUACGCCGAAUCAGAGGCGAUUCAUCGGCGUGGACUGGAGGGGCGCGAGAGGAUUCUUGGACCUAACCACCCAGACACCCUCGGAAGUGUCAACAACCUUGCUAUUACAUUGCGACGCCAAGGAAAGUACCACGAAUCAGAGACGAUGCAUCGGCGUGCACUGGAGCAGCGCGAGAGGAUUCUUGGACCUGACCACCCGGACACCCUGUCAAGCGUCGGCGGCCUGGCUAGUGCUCUGGCAGAAGAAGGAAAGUACGCCGAAUCAGAGACCAUGCAUCGGCAUGCACUAGAGGGGCGCGGGAGGAUUCUUGGACCUGACCACCCAGCCACCCUGCGAAGCGUCAACAACCUAGCUAAUGUGCUGGGAGACCAAGGAAAGUACGUCGAAUCAGAGACGAUGAAUCGGUGUGCACUCGAGGGGCGCGAGCGGGUUCUUGGACCAGACCACCCAGACACCCUGUCAAGUGUCGGCAACCUUGCUAUUACGCUGAGCGACCAAGGACAGUAC